UACCAGAAGAAAUCGCCGACGCCGAGCGGCGGAGGCGGUAGUCGUACGGGUUGGCGAGCGCGCAGAAGCGUCACGACCGCGGGCGCACCUGCUACACACCAGCACCACGUGAUCGCCAGUGCAGCCGCAACCGCACAGGCCAGGAUGCAAGCGGAGCAGGGGAGCAUCGGGGAACUCCGCGGGUACCACAACCUCAGGUCCAGGAGGCACACGCUGGCCAACGUCCGUUUCGACGUGGAAAAUGGUGCUUCGACGCUGGACGGCGGCGCAGGGGGCGGGGGUGGUGCCUCGCCGAGCGCGGGUUUGGUACUCCAAACCCUGCCUCAACGUCGCGAGAGUUUUCUCUAUCGCAGCGACAGCGACUUCGAGAUGUCACCGAAGUCCAUGUCCCGGAACAGUUCCAUCGCCAGCGAGAGCCAUGGCGAGGAUCUUAUUGUCACGCCGUUCGCCCAGAUUCUCGCUUCCCUCAGAUCGGUUAGGAACAACUUCCUUUCCCUCACCAAUGUACCCACGAACAACGGCGCGCAGGGCAGCAGCACGCCCCAGCCGAGGAUCCUGGCGCCAGGAGAGGAGAAUUACAUGAAGCUCGCCGUGGAGACGAUGGAGGAGUUGGACUGGUGCCUCGACCAGCUGGAGACCAUUCAGACCCAUCGAUCCGUGUCCGACAUGGCCUCGCUCAAGUUCAAGCGAAUGCUGAACAAGGAGCUGUCCCACUUCUCGGAGUCAUCGAAAUCCGGGAAUCAGAUAUCAGAAUACAUCUGCAGCACCUUCCUUGGUAAGCAUCAUCUCCAAAUUAACAAAUAAAAUCAUUACGUGGCCGCAGGAAGUGUGGAUGCCAGGGCGGCGAAGAAGAAAGACAGGGUCCAGAGGGGACCGGCGGCGAUGUCCCACAUCAGUGGCGUCAAACGACCUCUGACGCACACAAACAGCUUCACCGGCGAACGCGUGCCGCUCCACGGCGUCGAGACGCCGCACGAAGAGGAACUUGGCAAGGUAACACCAGCUUCAAUCAUACUAACUUCAGAAUACCUCUUAAAAUUCGACUGAAUUUAUGUUUCUGGGAUUUAACAUCAAAUUACGUAAAACGAUUUUGUAUUCAUGGCGUGGCAUCAUAAAUAAUCAAAGGAGGC